CUGGAGCGGCGGGUUAGGCGCUUCACGAGGUCCUCAAACCUGUUCCGUUCGCUGCGAACGGCAGCUAGUGAUCCUCUCUGGCAAGCGCGGACUCGGCACGCGCCGAGCGCAGCAGACCCCAAAUUUGACUCCUGCGCGCAAAACGGGGGCACGCGCGGGACCAGCCGCAGAAACGCGGGACGCGAUGAUCGACAUCGACAACACCAUGACGCGCGACGAGGCGGCCAAGCCGUCGCGGCGCCACCGACCGCGCGGCGGGCGCCGCAACCGGAAGGGCUCGAGGGACGACGCCGAGCCCUCCAAAAAAUUAUUUGAUCCGGACUCGGGCGAGCUGUUCGACCCCGAGGAGGAGGCGCGCAAGGCUGAAGAAGAGCGGCAGCGGCAGCGUGAAGAACGGGAGCGCCAAGCAGCAGUAGAGAAGGAGGCCGCGGCCGGCCGCAACACAAAUGCAGAGGAGUGGCGGCCGUCUGAGGUCAAAAGGGCGCCGGGAGGUUUAAGGGAGGAAGACUUCCCCGCGCUGCCCGGCGGGCCCGCGCCAAAACCAGCUAUUGCGAUAAGACCGCCGCCGGCGCCGCACCGAGCGCCCGAAAUAACAGGACCACGGUUUAGAGGCAAAGUAGUAGGCAACUGGACCAAUUCUGGCCCGAAGGGCCAGGCCUGGAUCCGGCCCGACGGCGUCGCCGAGAGCCAGCGGAAGGACGUUUUGUUAUAUCGCCAGCACGUCGCCAGCGGUCUGCAGCUCAAGGCUGGCGACCGCGUCGAGUACGGCCACGCCGCGCAGAAGACGACCCAGGGCCGCACGGUCGCUCGCAACGUCACGAAGGUUGAUGCCGGUGCGUUGCGGCGCGCUCCCGUGCGGAAUGCUGGCGCCAAGGUCGAGGACGCCGGCGUUCCGCUGGCCCAGCGCGUCACUCAGCCGCGCGACGACGGCUUGCAGCGGGCGCUGGCAGCUUCUAGAGCGGACUUUGACGCGGAGGAGCAGAAACGACUGGCGGAGCGCGAGGAUGAAGAAUUAGCGAAAGCAUUGAUGCUGUCGGCGGCGGCGGCGUCGGAGGACGACCGAAGGAGGCGCGAGCAGGAGGCGGCCGAGGCUUCUAGGCGCAUGGCCGAGAUGGCCGCGGCCAAGCAGGAGGCCAAGGAGGCGGAGGACGCCGAGGCCGAUCGUAGGGUCGCGGAGGUCGUCGUCGCGGGCACCGAGACCCAGCCCGAGACUCAGGUGCCGCCUGACAAUUUAGCAGAAGCCGAGCGGCGCGCGGCGGCAGCAAGGGCGCAAUUAGCUCAGAUAGAACAGGCCCGCCGCGCGGCCGCGGAGGAGCUCCGCGCGUCGCAGAACAUCGUCGAAGACGCGAGGCGCCGCGCCGCGCGCGACCAGCAAAGGACGGCGUUCCAGCCGCAGUCGCCGCCGCGGUCGUUGGCCGCUUUAGAACAGGAGUGGCGACAGAAGACGCCGGGCACACCUGGCACGGUGCGCAAGACUAUUCAAUUAGGAACAAGACCGGCCUUCGACAGCAAGCAGCGCGACUUUGUGGCCUUCCUCGCGUCGAUCAACCUGGCGCACUAUGCACAGAAGCUGCGCGAGGAGCAGAUCGAUUGUAUUGCGGACCUGAAGAUUCUCAACAACGAAGAUCUGGAGGCGUGCGGCAUCCCGCCGCGCGACGCGGCGACGAUGAUGGCCGGGCUCGCUGAUUUGCACCCCGGCGUCGCGUGAUCGGCUCCAGGUCGGAAGGCUCGAGGCGCCGUCGACGCGACCCACCCCCCUAAGAAAAGUAUGUGUUAUGAA